AUGAGCGACAUACAACAUUCAUGCAUCGAAUUAUUACCCGAUGAAAUCUUCUUAGACAUAUUCAGUUACUUCUAUUUUGAUGAACUGUUUCCACCAUGGGUAAAUCUCAACUCUCGAAUCAAUCAUAUUCUUCGCUCUACUCGUUCUAAACUUUUUAUAUCAUCGAAUUCUGAUCUGAAGAAGAAAGCGAGAAAGGUGAAUUAUCCGUCAAAAUGGAGUGACACAGUUAUUUGUUUUACAGAUUAUCGUGAAGAUCAUGAAAAUUAUGUCACAAGUACUAUACCAAUGGAUCUUCGCCCACUUGUUAAUCUGCGACGACUCUCAUUGAAAUAUUGCUCAUGGGGACAAUAUUCCAAUAUUUGUUCUGCCAAUUUCCCAUAUCUAAAGCGUCUUGACAUUGGUGAUUACGAAACGCCGUUUUCUUUUUGGGAACGAAUUCUCUUCAAAGAUAAUCCUUUUCCAUUUCUUACCACGAUUACUGGAGUCCAGCUGGAGAAAGAUGAAAAUUUUCAAAUGGAUAAAACAACCAAUACUAUGAUUCAACAUGUUGGAUUUUCUCAUCAAUUGAAAUUACCGUUUGCACCUUUUAUUACCUUCAUCUCUCGUUUGCCCAAUUUAAUAUCAUUGCGAGNUUUUACCUUUUGUUAUUUAUAUGAAAAUUCCAUCGACAAUUCACAAAUUAAGAGAAUAUUUUUAUGUUAA